AUGGCACACUCCUUUCACUCCCUAGCUUUCUUCUGCUCAAGCAUUCUAAUAUUCAAGCUCAUCAUUCUUCACCAGUCAGCCUUGGCUUGGAGUUGGGGACCUGAUGUUCCUCCUACACAAGGCUUUGUCUCCCUCCCUUUCAACCGAUCCUACUACCAUAUUCAGAAGCCUUACGAUGUGCCAGAAGACCAGCGCUACUGCUUCAUCGAUGGAGUUCAUAAGUGUUGGGUCUACUCCACAGACAAACCUCACACUACUACCAGCCAAACCCUGCCUCGCACUGAGAUUGCCAUACAAGGAUACAACUACUCUUCUGGGGUGUGGGAGUUUGAAGCAUAUGGGUAUGUACCAAAAGGGACAUCAGGGGUUUGCAUAAUGCAAGUGUUUGGAGCAAGUGCUCCUUAUGCCACAACUCUGAUGCUGAGGGUCUACAAUGGUUCACUAACAUACUACACAGCUCCGGUGCUGGUUCCCAACAUCUACGAUAAGUGGUUCAAGCUCAAUGUGGUUCAUGAUGUUGAUGCUGCAAAAGUCCGAGUGUACAUUGAUGGAUGUCUCAAAAUCGAAGCAGAUGGCCGUGGAGGAACCUCUCAUGCUUUCAAAUGUGGUGUCUAUGCCCAGAUGAAUGACUCCUGUUACAUGGAGUCUCGUUGGAAACACAUCAAAAUUUUAAGGAAGUGUGGACGUUAA